AGAGAGCGCAGGCUCAGUAAAAGCUCUCACAUCUCCACUGUUACUGUGCAGGAGAACACAGUUACACCAUCUCUGUCCACACUUGCUUGUGGGGAGAAGAAGACAGACAGAGAGAGAGAAAGAAAGAAAGAGAUCUUCAGAAAUAUUUUCACCCUGAGGAUAUUGUUUCAUAUCCAUCAUUUAUAAAGUGGAACCUCCAAGAAAACCUUUCUGAAGCACUCUUCAUCUGAUCCUGAGCUUUUGGAUGUAGAAACACGUUUUCUUGGGAGGUGAUUUUUUUUUUUUUGGAGCUGUCCACCUGGAUCACCUGCACCUGGCGCGUGCCUUCUUCUUCUCCUUCAUCUGUUUUUAACUGUUUUUGUUUGUUUUUUGUUUGGUUGGAUUUUUUUUGACAUUCAGAAAAUCAUUUGCAAAUGUUUGACUGGAAAACUGCACAUGCACAUUGCACGUGACCGGAGCAUGCACGUGAAGCCGUUUACAAAAAUGACAUCUCGUUAAAAUCGACUGCAAGAACGAUUUUUUUUUUUUCGUGCACCGGUAUCGUGAUUGCGAUUGCGUUGUAAAAGAGCGAGAAAAGGUGCGUGACAGAGACAAAGACAGAGAGAGAUAGAAAGAGAGAGAGAGUGAGAGAAAGAGAGAGAGAGAGAGAGAAUGGCCGCGAUCGCGAGCUCCUUGAUCCGCCAGAAGCGCCAGGCGCGCGAGUCAAACAGCGACCGCGUCUCGGCGUCCAAGAGGCGCGCGAGCCCCAGCAAAGACCCGCGCUCCCUAUGCGAGCGCCAUUUCCUCGGCGUCUUCGGUAAAGUGCGCUGCUGCAGCGGCAAGAAAAGACCCGUGCGCCGGCGCCCAGAUGCGCCCUCGAAACCUCCACAGGUGUCCCGUAAGGGCAUCAGGCUAGAGCCGCAGCUGAAAGGGAUUGUGACCCGGUUGUUCAGCCAGCAGGGCUUCUACCUGCAAAUGCAGCCGGAUGGAACCAUAGAUGGCAGCAAGGACGAGAACAGCGACUACACCCUCUUUAACCUCAUCCCGGUCGGACUCAGGGUGGUGGCUAUCCAGGGCGUGAAGGCUGGCUUCUACAUCGGCAUGAACGGAGAAGGCUUUCUCUACAGCUCGGAAAUGUUCACUCCCGAAUGUAAAUUCAAGGAGUCUGUUUUUGAGAACUACUACGUCAUCUACUCAUCCACCAUGUACCGGCAGCAGGAGUCGGGCCGCGCCUGGUUUCUGGGUCACAAAGACGGCCAAGUCAUGAAGGGCAAUCGUGUGAAGAAAACCAAGCCUUCAUCACACUUCCUCCCCAGGCCUAUCGAAGUCUGCAUGUACCGGGAGCCUUCGCUGCAUGAGAUCGAAGAGAAGCAUCGCUCCAGGAAAAGCUCAGGAACUCCGGCCAUGAACGGAGGCAAAGCGGUGAAUCAGAACUCUACAUAGCAGGACCCGGAUACGGCAACAACACCAACAAUAAAAACAUCACACACACACACACACACACACACACACACACACACACACAUACACAUACAUAUUGCCUGCAGAAAAGAACAAGCCUUGGGAAAAACACAACGGAACUCACGAUCAACCCGAUACGACGAAGACAAAGUCUUUCCUGUGAAAAAUUGUAGGAGGGGGGGGAGGGGCUCCAAGCUACAAACGUGCAAGAGCUAAAGCAGCAAAAAAAACAAAAAUGUAAAAAAAAAAGAAAAUCAAGACUCGAACUCACAUUUUAUGCAACGACGCCAAUCGCGUCACCAGAAUAGUUUCGAGUCGAUUUCGUGUAAAAGAAACGCCGAGCUUUGAAGCGCUCUCGUGUGUUAGGAUCAUCUCUGGAGGCUUUUCCACCUCCUCGUGAGGCGAUUUUUGGUAUUGAAGACAUCGAUAUCUUCUUCAUUUAAAGUCUCUUGGUUUUUAUCCAGACUGCACAUGUUUAAUUGAAUGUCAUUAUUAUUAUUAUUAUUAUUAUUAUUAUUAUUAUUAUUAUUAUUAUUAUUUAAAUUGCUUGUCAAUGAAUGCACUUUUUUACUGAAGCAAAUCUCUAUGAAUCUACACUGGUGUCAGUUGAUGAUUGUAUUAUAAUUGUACUUUAAAAAAUUGGAGUUCUUGCAGGAUAUGAGAAAGAUUUUGGGCUUUUUUACAUUUUUUUUUCAAGUCUUCCUGGAUGCCAAAGCAGGGUUGCAGCUAGCUUGUGAGAUGGCUUUAGCUGCAGUUUGUUUGUUUUGAAUUUGUUUCCACAAAGAGUAAUAGUUCAUCUUUUUUUUUUUUAUGAGAAAUCAUAUCAAUUUGUGUGCAAUUUUUGUUUUGUUUUGUUUUUGUUUUUUUGCAAGAUGCUGCUGUCCACCUUCUCAACCUGGAACGAACUCAAACCUUGUUUAAAUGCAAUGCAGCCUUUCUGUAAAUAGCCACAAUUUGGAUUUCGUCCCUAAAAAUCUUCCUAGAAUUCUCAUAAUCCCAGAUGAGUACUUCUGAGCUGGAGAUAAAAUAUAUAUAAAUUAUAUUAAUACAACGUUGCUGAGCCAGCAUACUCCUCGAUCGACAGCAAAAUACCUCUUCUCCUAAUCGUUCUCCAACUCAGGAAGCCCUAGUCUAAAAAUAAAUAAUAAAGGUCUAGAGGUUUUUAUUUUUAUUUAUUCAAUUUUGUGCCACCCUGCUCUUGCCCCGUCUGGGCCAAAGCACAAAGACUGGCCUGUAGGCUGUAGGUGUGGACGGGGGGGUGGGGUUGGGUGGAGUAGUGUGGAGUGGAGGGGGUAAUUUAGGUGUCGCAAAAAAACGCAAGGUAAAGUCCAGCAAAAAAUAAUAAUAAAUAAAAUAAAAAGUUUCUCAACUUGAGAAAGCUCUGUACGCUAUUCACCAGUCUUCCACUAGGGGCAGCAGUGAGAGCUGAACCCGAGAGUCUGCCACAAAGAGACUCGAACGCAUGAAUCAGGAAUGUUGUGUUUCUUCUUAAUGUAGAGUAGACAUGGUGGGUGUGUGUGUGUGUGUGUGUGUGUGUGUGUGUGUGUGUGUGUGUGUGUGUGUGUGUGUGUGUGGGUGGGUGUGUUUGUGUUUGUCAGUCAGGGGGGUCACCAAACGAAAAUGUGGUGGUUUUUUUUCUUUUGUUUUCUUUCCUUUUUUUUUUGGGUUGAGUAAAAAAAAAAAACCCAGAACUUUAUUUUUCACGUUUGCAGACGUUUUCACCUUUAUCAAAACACUAUCAUAUAAAUAUGAAUAUGCAUUAUGAAUUAUUAUGGGAUGUAAUAAAUAUAUGCAUUGAAAUUAAAGAAGAAUGAUGUUAGAGAUUGUUUAAGAAUAAAGGUAUGAUCCUAAGCUUU